AUGGGCAGGGAUUACUACGCGAUCCUCGGCGUGAAUCGCGGCUGCAACGAGGCCGAGUUGAAGAAGGCCUACCGCAAGCUUGCGAUGCAAUGGCACCCUGACAAGCAUCCAGAUCCCGCUGCGAAGCAAAAGGCUGAGGACAUGUUCAAGAAUGUCUCCGAGGCCUACGACGUUCUGUCGGACCCCGAGAAGCGCAAGAUCUACGACCAGUUCGGUGAGGAGGGCCUCAAAGGCACCGCCGGCCCUCAUGAUCACAGUGCUUCUCACCAGUACGUCUACACUGGUGUGGACCCGACCGAGUUGUUCAAGAAGUUCUUCGGCGCUGACCGCGGCUUCAUGUUCAACAGCGGUUUCGGCGACGACAUCGGUGGCUUCGGCGAGACGUUCGGGAUGCACCACGGCGGCCGGCAACGCUCGCAUAAGUCGCCCAACUACGAGUUGGACCUUCCGGUGACGCUCGAGGAGCUCUACACUGGCACUGUGAAGAAGAUGAAAAUCACUCGCAAGCGUUUCGCGAGCGGGACCGAGUACAAGGAGGAGCAGAUCCUCAAGAUUGACAUCAAACCGGGCUGGAAGGACGGCACGAAGCUGACGUUCUCCGGCGAGGGCGAUCAGGCCACGCCCGCCAGUCCCCCUGGCGACCUUAUUUUCAUAAUAAGGGCCAAGAAGCACGCCCGAUUUAUGCGAGACGGUAACAACCUCGUAUACAAGUUCACCGUGCCUCUGGUGAAGGCGCUCACCGGCUUCCAGGCUACGCUCACUACUCUGGAUAAUCGCAGGCUGACGGUCAGGAUAGUGGAUGUGGUUUCGCCGACCUACCGCAAGGUAAUCGCGAACGAGGGCAUGCCUAUCUCCAAAACGCCAUCUGAGCGUGGCGACUUGGUUUUGGAGUUCGAAGUGACGUUCCCUCGCACGUUGACCGCUGACCAGAAGAAACAGAUAACGGCCGUGCUAAGCAGUUGA